AUGAAAAAUGAAUUAUUUAGUAGCAAAAACCCAAAGAUCUCCAACAAAAUAUUUGAAGGACCUAUUCGAACAGCAUUUUAAUCUAAUGCAGGAGAAAAGGAUCCUGAUCCCUUGGCUAUUGUAGAAGUGUAAAAGGCAGCUGUCCAUUUUCUGUAAAGAGUAUUGGAAAAAUCAAUAAAGAGAUCAAUAGAGAAAUAGGAAGACAAUUUGAAAUUGAAUAUAGAAGACGUCAUGUAUUAAUUUAGAAAUCAACCCAAAUUUUUGGAUUUGUGUGCUAGAAAAAUAAUCUAUAUUAGUAGGUUGCAUGACAUGAGUAAAAAAAAAUCAUUCAUGAAUGAAAACACAUAAGAUAAAGAAGAAGGACAGGAAGAAAGGGAAUACGAAGAAGAUGCUAAAGAAAUUGCACAAUAUGCUGGGCUUUUUAAUUGAUUUUGAUAAAUUAACUAUAAAUGAACUUUUUAUUUAAAGGUUUUCUAUAAGAUUGCUAGAA